AUGUCAAGUCCGGAUAUUGAGCUUGCAGACAGGAAUGUGAGCCCCAUUCGAGGCUUCGCACUUGUUGCAGCCAAGAUCAAUAGCGAUAGCGACAAGACAACGACUAUCUAUAGACGUUUUGAUGAGCUCUCGGCGCGAAAUUUGCUGUUUUAUCAGGCUGAGCUCGCAGAGCUUGAGGACGAUCUCAAGCAACUUGACGAUGAGGAUAGAGUCGCAAAUGAUAAGACGUCGGAGGCAUGUCAACGGGACUGGAGGAGCUUUGAGAUUCAUGCAAAUGGUGUUAAUGGAACGGAAGUAAGAGCAAGAGAGAAAGAGAAGAUGGAGCUCGUUAUGAAGAUCAGGGAAAAACUGGAGAAAUAUCAUGCAGCUCUAGCUGCCCACCGAUUACUUCUUCAAUCUCCUCUAGCAUCGAAGAGCACGUUGAGAGCUCUCCGAAAUUGGUUCUUCAAUAAUUCUGCAGGGACUAAAGAUGGAGAUCGUGCUGCACAGCUUUGGGGCGCAUCUUCAAACAUCUUUUCUGACCCUCAUGACCUCGUGGCUUUGCGAGUUCCAGCGGACCAAGAUCGAUUUUCCAGCUUCAUCCAUCACAAUUUCGGAGUCUUCUUCCAAACAGCUUCUCCAGAUGGCCGAACAACAUACACCUCAGAAGCUGCUAUCGCUCGCUUCAUAGCCAUACUGAGCACCAUCCUCGCCGCUGUAUUGCUAUUCGGAUCGAUAAUAAGUCUUUACGUUGUGAAGAGUGACAAGGCAUUAUUAGGAAUGCUCAGCGCAUGGACUGUGCUAUUUGCUGCGUGCGUUGGACUUUUGACCAACGCGAGACGAGACCAGGUAUUUGCUGCUACAGCAGCAUAUGCAGCUGUCUUAGUGGUUUUCAUAAGUGGGAACUUGGGAGGAACAACUCCUGCAAGUAUCACGUUGGGAAACUGUACUUGUACUGGCACGUGA